AUGGUCAGUCAAAUCACACCAGAAGACGUUUUUUUCUCCCAUCCCUCCGACCCAACCUCCGCCAAAGCACCACGCGCCGCUCAGGCUGCCGGCGGAUCCGUCUUGAACUCCAACGACGGCGGCAGAGGUCCCAGCCAGCCCCAGCGAAUGCGUCUGGCUCCCCACCAAGGCGCCUGUUCCCAGACCUUUAUCCGGGGGAACACCGUCGUGCAGCUGCGCCCGCCGCGGCACCGGAUUGAUGUUCGAGUCGCGGCAGCCGCACGGCGCGUGCUGGGAGAGUUGGUUCCCACUGUCCCAGUGCUAGAAAGGACCGUGCCCCGACCUGUAUCAGCGGCUGGAAUGGAGCCAUGGCUCGUGUGGCCAGCCAGCUGGGGUGACGGGGAGAUCAUCCCGCAUGAGGGUGAUGAGGGAGGUACGAAUGACGAUCGCGACCGAUGGCUAGUGUAUACAAUGAGCCGUAUGCCGGGCCAGCCGCUCUCGGUCGUCUUAGAGCAGCAUCACGUAAAUAGCCCGAGGGAGUAUGGAGGGAUUGGUCCUGACAAUACUCCCACGCUCGACAUAGAAAACCUCGUCCGUUCGCUAGCUCGAGACCUGUUUGCGCGGCCGAUUGGUCAGCACGUGCACCGAGGGCAGCUUGGAGAGGGCCGGCGCAUCCCCUUGGGCCGGAUCGGUAGCAGCUUUCGCGAGCGAGUGGUCCAGCUCGGGGAAGAGCUGCCUGCGCGGUUCCGGCCCAUAGUCAAUGAGGUUGAGCCGGCACUCGACCACAUCGAGCAGCUGCCAUGGGUCGUGACGCACGGUGACCUUUGCCCGCAAAACAUCCUGGUCGAUCUGGUCGAAAAUAACGACUCUAGGUCAGGCGAUGCGGGCAGCGAAAGGGUGACGGUCGUGCUUAGGGGCAUCGUCGACUGGGCUGAGGGUGAGUGGCUGCCCUUUGGCGUGGGGCUGUACGGGCUCGAGACGCUGCUGACCUGCCGGCAUUGCCGUGGAGACGACGACAAAAUGGUGAUCGACUAUCGUCCCGAUGCUGACGCACUGAGAAAGGCUUUUUGGGACGAACUCAAUGCCAUGCUGCCCUGGCUCUGCAACAAAAAGAAACGCCAGGCGGUUGAGUAUGCGCGUCUUCUCGGUAUCUUGCUCUGGCACGGGUUCGCCUUCGACGAUGGAGCUCUGAAUCGAGUUGUGAACGAGGGCGAUCCGAGAGAUGAAGAAGAGCUGGCGAAACUGGAUCUCUUCCUGCUGGGGAAAAGCCGAGACCAGAAGGAUGAGAUGCAGGGGAAGGAUGCUGCCAAACGGCGAGGUGAGAGGGAAGGAGAGGCCAAAGAAAGUGCCCAGACGGAAAGGACGGGGGUGAAGCUGUGA